AUGAACUGCAAUGUUUUUAGGAACUUAGUUAUACAGGAAAGCUGUGUUUCAGAAAGCUAUAGUGGGCUUCCCUUUGCCUUGAUCAAGGAUUUUUGCCUAUGGCUGCGUGGCCCAGAGGUUGGGGGGGCAGCGAUUGUUUGCCUCAAGUUUGCAGGGGUGAAGAACAGUCUGCAUCUGACAAGCAUUAUUGUUGCCCUGAAUGUAAGAAGCCAUUUGCCCAGAAAGGAGACUUGGAGCGUCACUACAGAAUCCACACAGGAGAGAAACCUUUUGCCUGUCCUAUUUGUCCUUAUCGAGCUACUGUUAAAACUAGUCUCCAGAAACAUCUCCGGAUUCAUAGUGAUGUUUGGUGUUGGCAGCAAUGAGGGUGUUCCAGCCAUGUGGGGAAAUAUGGUACCUACUGCCCAAGAAGAAAAUUAUAGUCAUAGAAUGAACCAAGCAAAGGACCAGAGAUUAGACUUGGCUCAGGGGCACACCCAGAGACCUGAUCCAAGAAUAUUUCGUUGCAUACACUGUCCAUAUCGAGCUGGUUGGCCAAGAGGCUGGGUGGGCAGUGACCCUUCGUUGGAGGAGAGUGGAAGCUUGGACCACCUGGUGACAACCAAACAGUUCAAGUGUGCUGACUGUGACAAAGCCUUUGCCACUAGAUGGGAGUAUGAGCGACAUCGUCGGACUCACACUGGGGAGAAGCCUUUUGCCUGUCAGAUCUGUCCUUACCGUGCGACGCAGAAAACCAGUCUCCAAAAACAUCUCCGUACUCACAGUGGAGAAAAGCCUUAUGCAUGCCAUUUUUGCACAUAUAGAGCUUCUCAGAAAGUUCAUCUUCAAAAUCACAUCCGCACCCAUAGUAGCGAUACAUUCUCAUGCCCUCACUGUCCAUUCAGAACUAAUAGAUAUGAUGUCCUCAAAAAACAUAUCCCAACUCAUCCUUCUGAAAAGUGAUUUUUUAAAAUGAUUCAUUGAUUGCAAACUAAAAAAGUGUAGUGAGUCAGUGAAAAUAGAUUCUUUUGUAAAUAUAUCCUUAGAAUUUCAAUUCUCAUGUUUGAUUAUCUGGGUAUCAGAAUUGCACAGGACAUUUUCAUGUAAAUUUACUUACAGGAAAUACUGCCCCUAGCUGUAAGUCUGACUAUACAAUGUAAAAUUCUCAAAGAAAUUUGUGUUGCAUCACACCUGGUAGGUAUCUGAUGUGCUACAGAUGGAAUUAAGGCAGCGUGAGAAAAUGCAGAAAGAGGGGAAUAACACUAAGUGACAGUUAAAAAAAGAGAUAUUUAAGAACUACUAGUACUUAGAAAAGUAAUUUACUAAUAAGGUGAAGGAUAACUGACUGUAAGUGGCUACAAUCAGUUAUACAUGUAUUUUCAUCUCCAUGCAAAAAAGGACCAUAAAACCUUUCAGCUAUACAUUAUUCCAAUUGUAUGAAAGCCAGAAGUAGUAAAAAAACACUCCAAAUCUAGCAUGAGUGGGUUGUCCAUAUUAGUGUUGCAGCAUAUAUGUUAUGGUUAUAAUUGGAACCCUAUUUUCAGCCAAACCGUACAGAAACUGAUAUCCAAUAUAGGUUUUUUUGCCAGAUUCAUAUCAGAAGGGGCUUCAUAUCAAGUGUUGUUUUUUCCAAUCUUAAACCAUCAUUUAAAAUUUUCAAAUACAUUCUGUAUGCUUUUUGUUUAUUUGUGUUUACAAAUAUAUGUGUAUGUGUCUGUAUGUAUGUGGGGGGAUGCCUGUGCAGAAGUGGGUAUAUGUGUGUGGGUAGGCCUGAAAACGUAUACUGUAUUUCUCAGUGAUGCAUGUUAUAGACAAGACCCUCUAAAAAUAAUUUGGCAUAGAAAAAAAUACUUUUCAUUUGUGAAUAGAAUGUAAUUUUAGCUGUAAAUAAAGUCAGCUAAAAUAUGUGUUUGUUUAAGAAUUCUCAGUCUUUCUAAAGAUACAAAAUGGAUGCAAUGGUAGAUAAACAAUAGAUAGAGUACGUGUUCAAGAGAAAAAUAAA